AUGUCAACCUCCAAGACGUCUGUAACUUUUUUCUGCAAGGCCCAAUACGCUUUUGGUGAACGCCUUUGCAUAUUCGGCAAUACACCUGAACUUGGAGACGGUGAUAUCAAAAAGGCAAUCUAUUUAGAUUGGAUCGAAGGCUCCUACAACAACAGAUUAACUGUUAGCUUUGCUCAAUUACCAGCUGGCAAGUGGUAUAAAUAUGCCAUCGUUGACAGCUACGGAAACGUUAGAUAUGAGUCAAUUCCAGACAGAAUAAUUCCGAAGUUUUUCGAUGCCGUUGCUUUAAGAGACACAUUCAACCUUCCUGCUGUUACUGAUUCCGUCAUCCUCUCAAUCCGCGUACCAUACGGAACCUACUGGGGACAGAACAUUUAUGUUAUCGGUGAUUGCGAAGAGCUCGGUGAUUGGCAAAUUAAUAACGCCUUUCCACUCUCUUACAUCGAUCAUCAAUAUUGGGGCGGUAGUGUUCGCUUCCCAAUCUCCAAUGAAGCCAGACAAGUUAAAUACAGAUAUUUCAUUCAGAACGAUAACGCCAAGACAAUUUGGGAACCAGGUGAUGAACAUACAGUCAUUAUCCCAGAGUCCCAUAAUCCAAGUAUCAUCGAAAUCGUUGAUCCAUAUCGUUGGACCGAUUCCAUCAUCGAGACAAUCUCUCGCUCUCCAUUUACUAAAGCCUUCAACCCAAGAGAAGCCUCUUCAAAGGGAAUCUUAAUCCAAUCUAACGAAAAUCCAGAUACAGUUCGUAUCCAGUUCUCCAUUCUUUGCCCAGUACCACGCCAAGGCCAAGUAAUGAAGAUUGCUGGCAGUAUCAAGGAACUUGGCUACUGGAACCCACCAAAUGCUCUUGAAUUACAAGACCAUGACUUCCCAACAUGGACACAAGUCGUUGAUGUCCCAACAUCAUCACUUCCAUUCGAAUACAAGUAUAUCUUAUGCGACCAGUUCGGCAACGUUAUCUGGGAAUCAAGAUCAAACAGAUUCCUCUUCCCAACAGAUGUCAAGGGCUUAGACUCAUCCUAUCCAAUCAAUCUCAUCUGCCACGACUGGAUUCCGUCCAUUGGAACUAACCCAUUCAGAGGCUUGUGCAUCCACGUUGAUCUUCCAAACAUCUGGACAAAGAAGACAUGCGGAUGUGGACAGUUCGGCGAUGUAUGCAGGGUAAUCGAUUUCGCUUCUCAAUGCGGAGCUUCAAUGAUCCAGUUAACCUCAGUUUAUGAUGAGAAACGUGCUUUUGCUUUAGAUCUUGCUUAUGUUGAUCUCAACAACAUUCCAGACAUCACAGAUGAUGUCAUUACAUUGAUUUCCAACCACUCGGCCGACAUUACAGAUCAAGAUGUCAAUCUUGAAGAGACAAGAAGCUUCAAGAUCGAUGCUCUUCGUCAGAUCUACAAGCACCAGCAAUUCCACUCAGAUUUCACUUUCUACGCCGAGCAAAACAAGGACUGGCUCCCACAUUACGCCAAAUACCUCGGUGAAACAGACGUAAAGUUCGUACAAUGGACACAAUACAUUGCCGACAAACAACUUCGUGAAGUCACCGCAUACGCACUGGAAAGAAGAAUCGCAAUGAGAGGUGAAAUCCAACCAUCAGUACAACUUGACUCAUGCGAUAUCCGCGCAUUCCCACAUGCAUUCACUGGAUUCGAAGAAGUCGUUGAUGACGAGAAACAAGGCUCACUUUCCUUCUCAUGGACAAAAGAAUGCCAGCAAUGGUGGAAGAGACGUCUUGAAAUUCACGAGAGAUACUUCCAAUCACUCAGAGUUAAGGAUGCAGACAAGAUUGUCCAAGUUGGCGAAGUUCCACCACAAAUGGCUAUCAACGCUAUGCAUCUUUCCACCGAUAAGAGCCUUUCAGAGCAAGAACUCAAGGACAUGAAGCUCUGGGAUAUUAAAAGAUACGUUACACCAUACUUAAGAUCCAAAUUACUUCCACCAAUCUUCGGAGAUGAUACAAACUACAUUGAAAAGAAAUAUUUCAAUGUCAGAGGUCGUGGUUUUCGCGAUAAAUUACUUUCUUUCAAGAUGCAAUCUCUCGAUGAAGUCGAAGAGAAGUACAGAUCAAAGAUGCAAGCAUUACUUUCCGAUGUCGUAAUGACAGAAUCACUUGGCCGCUUCUUCUUCGUCAAUACUCUUGGAAAUUCAUGGAAAGACCUUCCACAGCCACAACGUCGUAUUAUUCAGCGUAUUACAAACGAGAAACUUAUGUCUCUCAAGGGACAAGAUGCAAUUGAAGAGUCCGCAAGAGCAAGAACAAGAAUGAUCUCAAGACAAACAGAACUCGAAGUUGUCGGUGAAGAUGGUGAAUUUUACACUGAAUUCACACCAGAAAGAUCUCAAAUCAAGACUCGCGGAGGAAGAUUCACUGAUACAAGGAAUCUUUCUUUCAUGUUCGUCUCUACAAUGGGAUCAUCAAUCAUGAGAUGGUGGAGAGACAACCGCGAGGAGGCACAGAAGUUCUGGAGAGAGGAAUUGUACAGACAGGAUGAAUGCCCACUCGAAUUACCAACAUGGGCACUCGAAAACAUCAUCAACAUGCAGUUGCAAUGCGGUGCACAGUGGGUUGUCAUUCCUCUUGAUGAUAUUGCUGCAAUCGGUGGCCACAUCAACAAAAAGGGUGGAAGAGAACCAUUCCCAGUUGAAAACCUCGUUGAAGACAGAAACUUGUCCGCUAAGAUGUCAUCAUUUGUUAACCAGAGUGGACGUCGUAUCUAA